GUACAACUCAAUAAAAAAAAAAGUGCAAGGAAAAAAAGUGAUAAGCAGCUAGCAGCUUCUGGGUGUUGCUUUAAAGUACACUCCUGCUGAAUGUGUGUGAGAGCAUGUUUGUGUGUUAAGGAAGGGAGGUGAUCACGCAUUCUCCUGCAACAGUAGAAAGACAGCAGCAGUGUUGGCCCGAGACAAAAGGCUAAACUCAACAGAGCCGCAGGAGGGGUGAUCUGAGGACAGGAGCAGGCAAAGUGGCCCAGUGGGACCGCACUUUUUAGGGAGGAAUAGAACCUGCUGCCGCACCUCUUUUUAGUCCUGGACUGCAGGCGUGACGCACCUCCUCAUCCACCUGUCCUCCAAGAUGUCAGACGAUGAGUGUCGCUCUCCCAUUGGCCUGGACUGUUGCAGCUGCUGCCUGGACCUAGCCAACGGUUGUGAUGACUCGGUGUCUCAGGGCCUCAGCACGACACCGGUGAGCCCUACCAGCCCUAGUGUCAGUCACUUUCGUCAGCUCCGCAACCAGCUGGUCUACCAAAACCUCAACACAGACAAGCUGAAUAACAUCAUGCGGCAGGACUCACUUGAAUCGGUUGUAAGGGACCCCUGCUUCCUGCUCAACGAGGGAAUCUGCAACAGCAACAUAGACCAGACCAUGCUGUCUAUCUUACUCUUCUUUCACAGUGCCUCUGGUGCUAGCGUGGUGGCCAUUGACAACAAGAUAGAGCAGGCAAUGGACCUGGUCAAGAACCACCUAAUGUAUGCGGUGCGGGAGGAGGUGGAAAUUCUCAAGGAGCAGAUCAAAGAGCUGGCGGAAAAAAACGACCAGUUGGAGAGGGAAAACUACCUGCUGAAGAACCUGGCAAGUCCGGAACAGCUAGAGAAGUUCCAGUCUCGAAUCCCCACAGAUGUUCUGCUCCCACUGGACAAUCAGAGCGUCCAGAUGAUGUCAGAGCAGCAGACCUGCAGUCGCAAUACAGGCUCUGCUGUGUAAGUGGCUCUGCCUUGGGGCGGGCAGAGCCACUGUCCCUUUUCAGCAAUGGACCUCCAUGCUUUUUUUGCGCUACAGAAUUACUGCCGCUGAAAAACCAUAGUGGCGCUGAGGGCUUGGCAUUGUGUCCAUAAAUGCCCGAUGGGACAAACACUUGACUCUGAUAAGCACAAAACUUCAGACCAGCGCUGUGUCGAACUGUUCUCUCAUCCCGUCCAAUUCUGCGCUGUAUUGUCUUGUAGAAAAUGAGCGUUAAGAAUAAAGAGCAGGCCCACCGGAUACAAAUGAGUGAUGCUUUCAGAGUUACCCAGUGAUUGUCCUUUUGAUCUCGAUUGGGCUGUUCCUGCCGGUGCUAAUUUGGAACGUGUGAGCACAAGUGAGGCUACUUCCUGUUGGCCCGCGUGAGAUUUUUUGACAAGCAGUGAGCCCCCAUCUCGUGGAUCAGUUGGAUACCUGAAUGCAAGUGUCAAGAAUUCCCAGGUGCACAUUAACAUGGACUUAUCCUCUGUGUAUUAUCUGUUGACGCACAUUAACAAAAGUAAUCAACAAGAUGAGCAGAGGUCAAGCUUAGAGCAAUGUAAUUGAGUUGGUGGACUGAUUCAUAUUCUGUUGUGAUUAAUAACUUGUAUUAUCUGCACUUGGGGCUUGCUGCCAAUGGGGGUAAUUCACCUGCCCUAUUCCGUAUUUCUUGUUGUUUGUUAUUUGACAAAAUCGUUUGUUUUGUAAAGUAAAUGCUUUUCUGAGAUUGUUUUCCUGACACUGAAGGCAAGGCAAGCAGUGGAUGGUAUUUCAGAUGUUUUCAAUCCAUCUGCUGUUUUGUUACUCUUUUGCCAUUUUAAUAACGAUGGCAUGACAACAGUGCCUGUAUGUAGUACAAGAGAGAAACGCAUUUCUAAGAGCUCUGCUUAUGCUGUUUUAUUUUUCUCAAGCUACCAAAGAUUUUAUUUUCCUUUCCUUUUUUUUUUUUUUAAAUUUGUUUAAUCACAACAGCAGAAAGAGGAGCCAACUACCAGGACCAUGUGUUUAAAAUUCACAGGGAUAAGUUGUGUUUGAGUUAGUUCUAAAACCUUGUGUUUUGUAAAGAUAAUGGUAUUAUUGCUGUACAGUAUCCGGAAAACAUUUGUUUGUUACGCUCUUUGGAUACAACUGCACAUUUGCAAUAAACCAUAUGUUUACUUAUA